AUUUGUGUCGGUGAUGCCACUGAAAUUCUAUUGUGACCACUUUUACGUCACGCCCCAUGGCGGUUAUUCAAAAGGUUUGGUUAUAGAAUAAAGCGGUCAUAUAACUACUCAUCUUCGAUCUAUUCAUUUGAUCGCGAAGAGCCUACAGGAUAUUUUCAUUCCAGAAUUAAUUCAGGUGUUUUGUUAUUGCACUGAAUGAUUCAAAAUAGUGCAUAAAGAAUAUGUUUAGUCUACUUAGUAUAUCUGUAUUGACGUGGGGAUUAGUUUCCUCUCAAUAUUUAUCAUCAGAAGCCCAAGUUAGGCCUUUAACAUUUGCCAUGCGCAAAUUAGCAUUUUCAACAAAUCAAUUUGGAAUAGAUCUUUACCGUGCUUUAAAAGUACCGAAAAAUGAAGGUGUGGCGUUUUGUCCAUUUUGCAUAAGUACAUCCUUAGCCAUGAUUCUCUUGGGAGCACAAGGAAGAUCUGCAAAUGCCUUACAACAAGCUUUAUAUUUAUGGGGAGUUCGUCAAGAAGAUGUGCAUAUUGCCUUCCAUGAUUUGCUAAUUCACCUUCGAGACAAUUUGCAAGUAACUCCUGGCCAUCACAUAGCAGAUCACAUGGGCAACAACAAUGGCGGUUACCGACAAGAUUAUGGAGUUCAAGAUUUUGAAAUUGUACUAUUUAACAGCAUUUACGUUCAACGAGAAUACAGUAUUCUUUAUCAUUAUCAAAAGUUUUUACAUAGCUUCUAUAACACAUCUGUUCAUCCACUAGAUUUCAGUAUGUACGGCGAAGAAAGCAGGCUUCAUAUUAAUGCCAUUGUUGAGAAACAAACAAAAGGAAAUAUAAAAAAUAUUCUUGCCCAGCCUUUGCCUAAAACUACAAGUGUCUUGCUUCUUAAUGCUUUAUCGUUCGAUGGUAUAUUAGAUGCAACAGGCUCUACUAUUUCUCAGCCUCAAGAGGACAUCCAUCGUCAUUCACAAUUUAGCCAAUAUCCUCAAGGACCUCAUUCUUUUGGAAUGAAUUAUGCUUAUCAACAAACUCAUAGCAGAUUACCACCAAUGGGAGGACUUUCAUCUUACUUUGCACCAUCAAUUUCUCAAGUUGUUCCUUACGCAGCCGCCAGUGCUUAUCAGAGCCAUAACUUCAUCACAGCACCAACCAGAACUAGACAAGGAGGACUACGCCACGGAACAUAUGACUAUCUUGGAUGCACUGGUGUAGAAAUACCUUUCAGAAGUGGAAUGCUGUCUCUUGUUAUUUUGAUUCCAUCUGACACAAGUAGUAUCAACAUGUUAGAAACCAGACUAAAUGCUCAACACAUCACUGAUAUUUUGGGAACAAUGCAAUCCAGAAACGUCAUCUUAGAAAUGCCUCCUAUAUCUUUCGAAGACAGCCCAAAGAAUUUGACCCAAGCUCUUUUCAGAAGUGGUCUAGUAGAUCUCUUUACACCAGGAUUCGCAGAACUUCUCGGCAUGAGUGACUUUAGAUGGUUGCACAUCACUAACCUUAUCCAUAAGAUAAACGUAAAUAUUAAGAAUGGAAAUGGUAUCCAAGCACCUGCAACUGGUCAAGAAACAAUACACAUGAAUGUCCAAGACAAGCCUUUCCUUUUUUUCGUCAUCGAUAAUAUAAGUGGACUAGCCUUAGUUAUGGGCAAAAUGGCCGGUAGACGGAUAUAAUUGAAUAACAAAUAAUUCUAUUUUCGAACAAGUAUAUGUUACAUUGAAAACUCCAAGGUGUGCUAAGUUAUUUGAUGUGGUUUUCAGGUUUUGUUCUUCUUCAAAGUGAUAGAAUUGCUUCCAUAUUUUACUUUGAUUAAGUUUACGCUUCUAUAUUAUUUUUUCUUUCCUUUUUUUUUUCUUUUUUUAAUUUUGUGAAUCGACAUAUUUGCAUUUUUCGGCAGCAGAAAAGCAUCAUUUUUUUUUACUAUAAAAGUAUUUAUGCAUAAGAACGCAAAAACUGUUUAUUUUCUUCUGUUUUUUAACUUCAUGAAUUUCAUAAAAUGGUUUAAAAAGUAAAUUUAUUGCUAUAUAUGUCUCACUUAUGUACAUAUUCACAAUCUUUCUGUAUUCAUAUGAAAUAAAAGGUUUUGUAUCAAA